AUGGGCGAAACAGACGAGAAAGAUACAGCGCCACCUACGGCAACGGAGAAGCAAACUAACGAUACAGCUGCCCCAGUAACCGACAUCCAGGAACCGGAACCCGAUCCAAAGGAAACGGAAAAACUGCUCGGCAACAGCGAGGAAAAAACCGACAACAAAGAAACGGAAAAACCGGCUGAAGAGAAAAAGAAGAGCAGUGAAAAUGUCAACAGUGCCGGCGAAGAAAUUAUCAACAUUCCCGAGGAAACCGGCAAUGAAACUGCUAAGCCAGAGGACGAUAAAGCGAAAUCCGAUAAACCGAACAAGGUGCAAGCUGAAGAACGAGAAGUUAAGCCGAAAAAAGUUCCCGCUGGUGCCUUCAAAUUGCCAGGAUUUUUCAAUAAGAACAAAGGAAAGGAAACUGAUGGAGCGGACAAUGAACUGCUCGAGAAGCAAGAUGCCGAAAAAGAAGUAAAACCAACGGAAGCGGAAGAGAAGCCAAAACGCGCCGGCUUUUUUGCCAAUUUGCGUCUGAGGAAUCCAUUUGCCAAGAAGCCAGCAGAACCUGCAGAAAACGACGAAGCGAAAACCAAGCCAGAAGAAGAGGAAAAUGAUGAAGUCACGGCAGAAGCUACCGAUAAAAAAUCAGAUGAGGAGGAAGCUGCAGUUGAGAAAAAGGAAGAAGAAGCAGCUGCACAAGCCCCCAAAAAGGGUCUCCUAGAUGCGCUAAAAGUUCCUCUGGCCAGCAUAAUUCCGAAACGAUUCAAAUCAGGAACCGGUGAAGCUGAGGAUGACCUGGAACUGGGCAAAAGACCAAAGAAUCAAGCCGGUCUAGCAUCGAUGGAAACUUUAGAUGAUUCACUGAAAGAUACAGAACAAAAGGAUACAGUCGACAAAGCUGCUGUGGUUACCGCUGCAAACGGAACAGAUUCGGAAGCGCUAGUUAAGCCUGAAGAGAAAAAGGAUACCGAAAAGGAAGAAGCCGAUGAACAGACGCCCUCGAAGUACCCCUGCUUGGAGCGAAUUCGAAACUACAGGUGUUCCAUCGAUGAUAUUGCCAUAAUCACCGGAAUAGUGGUGUUUCUAUUGCUACUAGGCUUGAUUGUUAGUUUUACAUUCAUCGGUAAGGGUGAACCGAUAACAGCCCCAGUCCGCGAUGGAAAGUACAUCGAAACGGUCACGUCGUGUGGAAAAGUAGAAGGAAUUCUCGAAGAUGGUGCUUUCGCAUUCCGCGGGAUACCGUACGCUGUACCACCAGUUGGACCUCUUCGUUGGAAGGCUGCUCAACCGAUCGAAAACAUCAACUACUGUUGGAACGGAACACUAAAGGCACAUAACUCGACACCCGUCUGUUGGCAAUUUUAUGCCGAUGGAAAAGUUGACGGUUCUGAAGAUUGCCUAACCCUGGAUGUAAUCACACCGCAUGUACGCUACGACAAUCCGCUGCCAGUAGUGGUACUUGUUGGUGCUGAAUCAUUCACCGGAGACUCGCCUGGCAAACUGCGUCCUUCUACCCGAUAUGCUCGCGCUCGUGAUGUUAUAUUUGUACGCCCGAACUUCCGACUUAAUGUUUUUGGAUUUCUCGCACUAGAACAAUUGACCAAAACUGCUCACCCACCUACCUCAGGAAACUACGGCCUUUCAGAUAUAAUCGCAGCAUUAAAAUGGGUUCAGUUAAAUAUCGCUCAUUUUGGUGGUGAUCCAAAAUCGGUAACACUGUUCGGACAUCGCGCUGGCGGAACAAUCGUUGCAGCACUCGCCUCAUCCAAUAAAACUACUAAGCUCUUCGCACGAUCGUGGAUCUCUUCCGCUGCUGCAAUCUUCCCUGGAAAACCCCUCUCUGACUCGGAGAAAGCUAAUGCCGCCUAUCUUGGGCGUAUCAAAUGUACAAAUGCUACUUGUCUUCGAGAGAAGGAAGAUGAGGAUGUUCUUGAUGCCGUUCCAGAUACAUGGAGAAGAGUGUUCCCAGAUCUUCCUUCAAAGGACGAAAACACUACCGCAAACCACGAGUGGCUUUCUCUUGAUGGACGAAUACUUCAACAACAUCCGGCCGAUGUUUGGAGUUCGGAGACUGGCAAACUUAGAUACGUGAUCGGCACAACCUCUCACGAGAGCCAUACAGAUAAGUUACGUCUUAAAUAUACCGAAUGGACACCAGAAUUGGUUACCAAACACGUUAAUGAAAGCAAAAUAGGCGAGCUUAAUCUUACCAAAGAAGCUCUUGAACGAUACAAUGCUACUUAUCAAGGACUAGUAGCGAUGAUUUCCGACAUUCGAACGGUGUGUCCUUUAUUGACGAUUGCCCAGAAAUUGUUAACUUCUCAAUUCUAUGUUGUAACACAAACUGGAGGUGAACUAAAUAUCGCAGAUGUUGACUCUGAUGUACAGGCUAUCCUGGGUCGCUACGAACCGAAAACGCCGGAACAGAGACGCUACGUCUCCGCUAUUCAGCAACUAUUCUAUCACUACGUCUCGCAUGGAGAAAUCAAAUCCGAGCUCCGACGAAAAUUGCUCGAUAUUGGCCAAGAUGCAUUACCAACCUACAACACUGAAAACUGCGAUUUCUGGAUCAAGAAUGACGUUGUCCCGCGAUACGCCCGGCUAGAUUAA